GCGCGCCGCCGCAGUAGCGAGAGCCUAACCCGCGGGCAAGGAGGAGGUAGUCUUUAGCGGGAGCUUCUGAAGCGUACUGUAGUAGAGCGGACAGCUGGUUGGCGUUUGGACCACGCUGCGGCAGCAGGUCCCUCCACGUGCUUCGGCGCCGCCAUGGAACUGGAGGAGUCGGGGGUCCGUGAGGAAUGUGGCGUGUUCGGGUGCAUCGCUUCUGGAGAGUGGCCCACGCAGCUAGAUGUGCCGCAUGUGAUCACUCUGGGACUCGUGGGGCUGCAGCACCGGGGUCAGGAGAGUGCUGGCAUCGUGACCAGUGAUGGGAGUUCAGUGCCUGCAUUCAAGGUGCAUAAGGGAAUGGGUCUUGUAAAUCAUGUUUUUACUGAAGACAAUUUGAAGAAAUUAUAUGUCUCAAAUCUUGGAAUUGGACAUACGAGAUAUGCCACGACGGGAAAGUGUGAGCUGGAAAAUUGCCAGCCGUUUGUGGUUGAAACUCUUCAUGGGAAAAUAGCCGUGGCACACAACGGUGAACUGGUAAACGCAGCUCGCCUAAGGAAAAAGCUUCUGCGCCACGGCAUUGGACUAUCCACAUCCUCCGAUAGUGAAAUGAUUACCCAGUUACUUGCCUAUACCCCUCCUCAGGAACGAGACGAUACUCCAGACUGGGUAGCAAGAAUUAAGAACUUAAUGAAGGAAGCGCCCACAGCGUACUCCCUGCUUAUAAUGCACAGGGACGUCAUUUAUGCAGUGCGGGAUCCGUAUGGAAAUCGUCCUCUGUGCAUUGGUCGUCUUAUUCCAGUUUCUGAUAUAAAUCACAAAGAGAAAAAGUCUUCAGAAACUGAAGGUUGGGUGGUAUCUUCUGAAUCUUGCAGCUUUUUAUCUAUUGGUGCAAGAUAUUCCCAUGAAGUCAAGCCUGGAGAAAUUGUAGAAAUAUCCAGACAUGGUGUCAGAACACUUGAUACGAUUCCAAGGUCUGAAGGAGACCCAGUGGCUUUUUGUAUCUUCGAAUAUGUUUAUUUUGCAAGACCAGAUAGUAUAUUUGAAGACCAAAUGGUUUACACCGUAAGAUACCGCUGUGGCCAGCAACUGGCCAUUGAAGCACCUGUAGAGGCGGACUUGGUUAGCACCGUUCCAGAGUCAGCUACGCCUGCUGCUCUUGGGUAUGCGGCUAAGUGUGGACUGCCCUAUGUGGAGGUGCUGUGUAAAAACCGGUAUGUGGGAAGAACCUUUAUUCAGCCAAACAUGAGGCUAAGACAACUUGGUGUUGCAAAAAAAUUUGGUGUGUUGUCUGACAACUUUAAAGGCAAAAGGAUUGUUCUCAUAGAUGAUUCAAUUGUGAGAGGCAAUACUAUCUCACCCAUCAUAAAACUCCUCAAAGAGUCCGGGGCAAAAGAGGUGCACAUUCGAGUCGCUUCACCACCAAUAAAAUAUCCUUGCUUCAUGGGAAUAAAUAUACCCACAAAAGAAGAGCUGAUAGCCAAUAAGCCAGAAUUUGAACGUCUUGCAGAAUACCUUGGAGCAAACAGUGUUAUAUAUUUGUCAGUGGAAGGACUGGUCUCAUCCGUGCAACAAGAGAUAAAAUUCAAGAAGCAAAAAGUGAAAAAACAUGACAUUACAAUUCAAGAAAAUGGAAAUGGUCUGGAAUGCUUUGAGAAGACCGGACACUGUACAGCUUGCCUCACUGGGCAGUACCCUGUGGAACUGGAAUGGUAGCUGCCAGGACAGAGUUCUCCAGACUGAAAGUGAUCAUGAAGUGGUUUCUGUACUAUCUGUUACUCAGUUGGUAUAAAGUAAAGUAGAUACUACCUGCUUAUGUAUGUAUACCUGUAUAAGCUUUGAGAAUUUCUGAGGUUACAAAAUUGCUAUAAUUGAACCAUGAUGGUUACAUGUAAUACAACAUAUAGGGAUUCUUUUUAUACGAGCAUUGAUUUUUACCUAGGAGGAGGCAAGAGGUUAGUGGUAUUUCCCAGGCCCAUGCUUGAAGGGUUUACAAGAGGUUAGAUUAAGGAUGUGUGACACACACAGGACUCUGGGCUUUACAAUGUAUCAUGAGAAAUCUGAAUUCAUUGUGCCCCGUAGGGUUCUAAUCUGUACAGUCAAGCCUGGAGAUGUGGCCUUGACCUUAGGGCCCCCCCACACACACACACACACGCACUUGUGAUUCUGGGGACCAAUGGAGAACUCCAAAAAAAAAAAAAAAAAGGAAAGAAAGAAAGAACUACUUGGGAAGCUGAGGCAGGGGAUUCUUGAGUUCAAGGCCAAAUCUGGGCUUUCUUGCCUCAAGAUAACUGUAUUUCUCUGCCUCGGAGGGAGCCCCCAUUUACUUAAUGAGACAUCUGUGUAUCUAGUACACAGUAGGAAUGUGAAUACAUGCCAUACUUAGGUAUUUAGAACAAUCAUUUUACCCCUGCAUUUUAACAGUGCAUGGUCAUUAGCAUUUGCUAAAUUUGUUUGCAGCUUUAUUAUGACCCAGGGAAAUUACAGGUUUGCAGGCCUUUGCCAUCUCUCUUUGGGAGGCACCAGAAUGACUAAAAGAUAUUAUCGGAAGCCUUUUUGUUUUUUACACUUGACUAGAAAAUGUGAAUAUUGAUAAUUUCUAGUGUCUGACAAUAUAAGCUUAGCAAAUAACAAAGAGCAUUGGAAGUAGAAAACAAAAAUUUUAAUUCCAAGUAAGCCUUUAUUUAUAAUUUGAUUAGACUUGGCUGGGUGAAUUGAGUGCUUGAUCACUGACAGUCAUGCAUACUCUAUACAUAUAUACAUAUGAUUAUCUGAACCAAUAGAAACUUAAUAUGGGCCGAUUUUGUUUGAUGGCUAGGGGCACAGCUACUGUUUUGGAAGUUAGAUUACCUGUACCCAAAUAUCACCUCAUAAUAAUGUCUUUUCUACUUUGUUUUGUUAGGUCUAGUGAGUUCUUGUUUUUAUUUUUUAUGACACAGAUUUUGAGGACUGAGGUGAUUUGCUUACUAACUCCUGUUUGUGUAAUAUUUUUCACAUGCAAAAAUAAUUAUUUCUAUAUUAUUGCCAAAAUUUGCUGUAUAGUUUCCAAGCCCAUUUAGAAAUAGUAUUUAUUAAUUGAAAUUAUCCGUCUGCAUUUGGUAUAUAGUCUUGUGUUAUGUAAUGCCCGGUCACGAUAAAAUGGCAGUGAUUUAAGGUCAUAUGCUGCAGUGGUUGAAGCGAUCCUGUGACAGGCACAGGCAGAUCACAGACCACAGGCAGAUCACAGAUCACAGGCAGACUGGCAUUUUACAGCCCUGGGCCAUUUCAGCAGCCUCUUAUGCUAAAAGCAUUACCCAUGGCAGCAUGGAGGGUAAGCCUCUAGGUCAGUUUUUAAAUGACCUUAUUUAAAUUUGAUGUUUUAAAAAGAAACUCAGGGAAAGUACUAAAACCAAAAUCUCUAAUUUGACUUUUGUGUUUCUAUUUUGUUUUAUUGGGCUACUUUUAUAAAGGGAAAUAAUGUUGAGAUCCUUUGAUAAUUGUACUAUGUUUCUUAAUUACUCACCGUGACCUUUUAUUUCACAGGUUUCUGAAUAUGAAUUAAAUUACCUUUUUUUCCCCUAGUUUCAAGCCUUCUUUUAUUUGCUUUAAAUGUAUAUAACUAGAGUACUAUAUGCUGAAAAAACUAUGAAAAAUUUGUUUGAACACAGUUAACGUCACAAACUGAUGUAAGCCUACUUUUUUGGUACCUUUCUGUGAUUUUUUUUGUGACAAAUAUAUGUAAUAAAUGUG